UACCACUUUACCUUUGUAAACAUCACGCACGUGGAUCAUGGCUAAUUUCAUUGUGAGACUUGCAAAACCAGGCGAUUGCGAACAAAUUGCAGACCUAAUAAAGGAACUUGCUGUAUACGAAAAACUGGAGGAACAAGUGAAGAUCACUGCAGAUGUUUUGCGAACUGAUGGAUUUGGGGAAGAAAAGUUUUAUCAUUGUUUUGUAGCAGAACUUAAAGAUAAACCGGGCACUACAAACAUAUGUGAUAUUUCAGAUAAACCACUACUUGUCGGAUAUGCUUUGUAUUAUUACACGUACUCUACAUGGGAGGGUAGGAGUAUUUACAUGGAAGAUUUAUAUGUUAAACCGGGAUAUAGAGGACAAGGAAUCGGAACACAACUUUGGAAAUCGGUUACAAAGGAACUAGCUGCACAUGUAAAGUGUGAACAUGAAGUGAAAAUCAAAGCAGACACUCUCCAAAGAGACGGGUUUGGUAAUAACAGUUUAUUUCAUUGUCUUGUUGCUGAAGUGAAUAAAGACGUAAUUGGAUAUUUGUUAUAUUAUUAUACUUAUUCCCCUUGGGUUGGUAAAACAGUGUAUAUGGAGGACUUCUAUGUGAAACCUGAACAUAGAAAUAAUGGAAUAGGUACUAACUUAUUAAAGACUGCUGUCAAGGUAUUUCUGGAUACUCACUGCAAUUGUAUGGAAUGGGCAGUACCAUGCUGGAAUAAAGUGGCUGUCGAUUAUUACAAGCAAAAAGGAGCUAUUAAUCUGACUGAAACUGAACAACUUCAUAUAUAUAGACUUACAGAAGAAGCAAUGCAGAAUUUAUUGAGUAAAUAAACAGGAAAAUCGUUUUACUUUAAUGGAGGCAGCAGGCGUAUUUAAGAAGAGUUAUACGAGAAUGUAGAAGGGAAUUUGUUUCCCAAAAUAUUGUGCUUAUUUGUCAUCACAUUGUAAAUAUUUCAUAUUGUAUUUACGGGAUAGUUUUAAAAUUAUAUUGGUAGGUAAUUGUACAUUAGGCAACCUUUUUAUGUUAUAAAAUGUAUAUAAGUCGAUGUAAAAUAUAAGGCAAA